AUGCUAUCUUCCAUUGGCGGCACCCUUUCAAAUAGCCUCAGGAUUGACACCAGCAGCACAGUACGCGUCCAGCGGCAUACUUAUACCCUCGUGGAUGCAUUCGCCCCUUUUCUUACAACUGGCUUCAACCAGCUCCACCGCUACGGCGACGCUGCGGAGCGACGAUGCCGAUUCGUCAUAAGCGUGGCAUCAAAAUUAGGAUCCAUAGCAUCUAUUGCUGAAGCCGCUUCCAUUAUUACCGACGCAAUUCGCUCCAAGCUCUCCAAGCUCUCCAAGCUGCUGAGUAUUUCUGUGGAAAGCAUUGAAGGGGGGAAGAGUGUGAGCAGCAAUGGCAUCGACAGCCUUGUGGCAUGGAGUUUCGCACGAUGCCCAUCGCAGGAACCGCAGGGCUGA